CAAUCCGGCUUUCGCGAGUGAGCUCUCUCCGUAAUUACGUGUCUUUGAUAAGGCAAUUCAAAGUCUGAAAAGUUAGUUGGCUGCAAGUUAUAGUGCAGCGCAGGUACUAGGUGUCAGUCAAUGUUCAUUUCAUACGAAUAAUUCGAGGAUGUCAUACCGACCGGCUGGCUAUGAGGAUGAGUAUGAUAGUAGUGACUCUGACGACUACUACUUUGGAGGAAGUAAUUCAGCGAAAUCGCAGGGUAAUGGAACCACAGGAACUAAUGGAAACAUGGGAGGUUUUGGGAUGGCAACUCCUUCAAAAGUCCAGAGGGACCAACAAGGGUCACCUAUCGUUCUAGAUGACUUCAAGACAGCUGCUUCUAGGGGCAAGCUAGAAGAGGUGCAGGAAUUCAUUGAGAGGGGUGUUGCAGUGGACUGCAUGUUAAAAGCAGGUUGGACUGCUCUGAUGUAUGCAGCAAGUUGUGGUCAAGCUGAGAUGGUCAAAUAUCUGCUAGAUCAGGGAGCUAAUCCAGAUUUCAACAAGGCAUCUUUCAUGUAUAGUCCUCUGAUGGCUGUGUGUUCCAGUAACCUACCUGAGAGGUCUAUUUUAGAAUGCUUGACACUCCUAACUGAUCGCGGUGCAGAUGUUAAUACUCAUGAAAAAAGUCACAUGACUCCUUUGAUGGUUGCUUCCCAACAUGGCCAUGUCAGGGUUGUAGAGAAGCUGUUGUCUUGUGGAGCAGAGGUUAACAAUGUGGACAACAGGAGAUGGCCAGCAUUGUUCUAUGCAGCUGAAGGAGGUCACACUAGGGUUGUUGAAUUACUACUAGCAAACAGAGCAGAUGCUACCAAGUGUAGUAAUGAUGGGACAGCAGCAGACAUUGCUUACAGCAAAGACCAUGUCAAGUUGUCUGAGUUACUCGAAGCUGCUGCUAAUCCAGCCAAAUCAAAGACUGCUAAUGGCACCACCUCAUCUCUACCACCUAGUAAUCCCAUCAGAGCAGGAGGUGAUAUUUCACCAUCGACACCCGCCACAACUACAACUGCUCCUACAACAAACAGUAUCACCAACCACCAACCUCCACCACCUCCUAGCAAAGCAUCUACCAUGUCUAAUCAUCAGCCCUACCAUGUCCUAGAUGAUCUAGAACUUUUCCUGUAUGGCCUUAAGUUAGGUGACCUCAUCCCUCUCUUUAAGGACCAUGAAGUCACAUUUCCUCAACUCCUUCAGAUCUCAGAGGAAGAUUUAGAGAAGAUUGGUGUGAGUCAAGUAGGGAAUCGAAAGAGAAUUGUAGAGUCAAUACAUGCAAUCCAUAGGAAAAAAUGGGAACCAAACAGUAUUAGGAAACCAUCCUUAGUUUUAAGUCUUCCAGAAACCCACUUAAUCCUUGACAAUGUCAACAAGCAUGUAGCAUACAUCAAGUCAAGUAUUGUUCACAUUAGAGACAACUUAGAUAGACACAACAGCUUAACAGAUCCUCGUCAAGACCCUGGAAGUCGAGACCUAGUAUCAACGGUCUGUACAGAAAUGCUUAAUAACACCAAACUGUUACAUCAAGAACUGAGAUCUCUCAAGAUACAAAUUAAUUCGGCCUGUGAUACUACCCCUGAUGUUGUACCUGCUGAUCUGAUUGAAGAUCCUGAUAAACAACACAUGUCAAUACUAAGGAAAACUUUAUUGGCACUCAUGGUUGCAGGGGUGGCUGGAAGUGUAGCAUGGUAUUACAAAUCAAGAUAGUUAGUUCUGUCUUAGGUGAUUAAACGUCCUUCAUUAUGUUCUGUGGGUUUUUUUUCCUUUGAUGUAUUAUCUUUUGUAAACUGUGUGAAACACGGAGAGUAUUUGCUAUACACGUUUGAAAAAAAAUGUUAAGUUUAGUUCUGUCAUUUUAUUGUCUCCUGGUGGGUGUUUCAUAAAGCUGUUCGUAAGUUAAGAGCGACUUAAAGAACGACUGGUGAUCCUUUCUUGUGGUAAAUUGUAUAUUCAUUGGCGAUUUGGUUAAGUGCAUCAGAAAUGUUCACCAGUCAUUCUUAAAGUCACUCUUAACUUACAAACAGCUUUAUGAAACGGCCCCCAGGAUACCAAGCUAGCUGAUUGAAUUUGAAUGAAUCUAUACAUUCAGACACUUGCAAUCAGCUAGCUUGGUAUCCUGGGGGCCGUUUCAUAAAGCUGUUUGUAAGUGAAAGAUUGAACAUACAGACAAAAAAAAUUGAGCAGGGGUAGUAGGAGAAAGAACACCAAAAUGUUUUGUUUUGAUACAGGACACCUAUUAUUGGGAAUCAGGUAAAUCUUUCAAACUUUAUUGGGAUGAAGUUUCAAAUGACCAGCAUGUCUACGUGAAUGUUAUUGUUAUGAUUAUGUCAUGAAUAUCAUAAGUGAUUUGGGGUACAAUUAAUAAUUUUAAUUGUUUUUUUUAUUACUGAGGAGUUGGGAUAUUCAUUACUUGUAAGACUUUAUUUCUUGUCAGGGGCCGUAAAGAUGUUGAUUUAAUCUAUUUUGAACAGGAAUCAUAUUUCCAAGGAAAUUAUUUUUUUUAACCGUCAAUGGUUAAUCUGUUAUUUUUCACCAGGAAGUCAAGUAAAGCAAUGAUUUAUGGAUGUAAACCUCAUAAAUUGUAUUCUGCAGAAGAAUACAAUUUAUUGUAUGCUAUUUUGGGUAAGUCAUUUGCCAUUUUCAUAUAAAUAUAUUGUCACAUCAGAAUCUUUAAAGAAAACACCAGUGUUGGCUAUCUUAGGAGUAUUGAUAAGUUUUUCAGAUGUAGUCUCAUUUGCUAUCGCAGCAAAAUCUGUAUAAAAGAAUACCAAGUUAUAAUAUUUUCAUGCCUUUUACAAGUCAUCCGCAACCAAGUGAAUAAGAGGUGAAUAUCACUUUAUAACAUGUAUGUUGUAUAGUGCAGUAUACUUUGUAUGAAAUAAAAGCAUAUUUGUUAGUUAUUUUAUGUCAAGUGUUUAGCUUUUUCAUUGAUUUUUUUUUGCCAGUGCAAAAUGCUAUUGGUAAAAUAGUAUAUCGUGCUUUUCUUGCCAAAUAGUAUCCUCAGUGCUGAAGCAUUCAUGUCAUUGUUCAUGUUAUUCUUAUCCAUCUUAUGUCAAUAUAAUUACUGAUCGCAGACCAUCGUUACCAGGUUCUAUUCAUGCUCUAAACAAAUGCAUAUCAUAAAAUGGAUGUAUGCAUUCUAAUAAAAUAUUUGGCUGAGGGCCGAUCAUGUGACAUGCAUCAUUUCUAUUUUUACAUGGACCGCCCUUUUUUUUUCUAACAAUCGUUCAUUAGGAAAGUUGAUUUGCCCGCAUAUUGGCAAGCCUAUUUGUGCUGUAUUGGACUGACCGGCUAAGCUGCGCGCGCGUGCUGCUCUACUCAUCAAGGUUGUGAUUUCUAAUCUUACAUUUUAUUGACAUACAGUUUGAUAUCUUAUUUAUGGUAUUGUACAUUUAUUUCAGAAAAAUGGCAACUGCACAACAUUUUAGUGGAUGCAUUUUGAACAUCAAGAACAUCAAUUGUCAAAUGUUUCCUGCAAUUUUGUUUGAAAGAGUAGACCUUCAAAUUAAGAAUAGUUUUGUCAAUCUAACAUAAGUUUAGAUCUAGAAUCAUGUUUAUUAUUUAACGACAAGAUCCCUUUCUCAUUUUCAAAACAAAUAACUUGCAGCUCUUGUAAGUGCAUCAGUUCAAAAUAGCCAAUUUGAUAACUGCACGAUUGUCCAUAGCCAUUCCGCUGCUCAUCCUGACUCCAGACAAGUAGUUAAUGCUUGCACUAAUAUGACCCAACAAACUCCUUGUAUAUUGUUAAACUGCCAUGUAACAUGUGACUUCACCUGAACUAAAAGAAGAACAAGUUUAUGGAUAUGUUAUGUUAUGUGCAAUUUACCAGACUCUUCAAACCACCUUUGUAGAUCUUGUCAUUUUUGCAUAUUUGCUUUUGUGAUUUAUAUGGCAAAGAAAACUUCAUUCCAUGUACAAAUUAAAUAUUUCAUUUCUUUUAUGACCCUUAAAAAGGAUGCUGAAGGUUAUCUAUGUCACAUUCAUACCGUCUUUACACAGUAACUCGACUUGGGGGUUCGACACCCGAGCCAUGCUCAACAUGGCAAUUUUAUGCUGUGUAAAACACAAUCAUUGUGGUCCGCGAGCCAUGUGAUCCACCAAAAUUGUAGGUUUCAACCCGUGAGCCGAGUCAGACUCGCCUAUUUUUUUUAGUGUAAAUAGAAAGCCUUGUCGAACCUGCAUAACCCAGGUUAAACAUGGCAUAUAUUUGUGAUGUCUAUUCUACUUCCAUUCCUGAUUGCGGACCGUGGCAAACUCACCAUUUUUGUUUCAGUAUAAAUGCGAUCACAGUUGCCCUCUUCGCGGCGUUUGACACUGCUUAAAGAUUCAACACUCGAGCCGAGUCACUGUGUAAACAUGGUAUUAUAUCAAACAUGAAGUUGAUAGUGUUCAUUUUGUAGAGCAUUUCAUUAAUUUAAGUCUAUGUCCAUUAAUGCCAGGAAGAUUCUCUGAAUGGGUGCUAUUUUUACUACAUCUAUCCAUGCCAUAGUUAUAUCUCUUUUUGUUUUGAUUUGUGUAAUAAUCCACUGCCCAGGGCUAUUUUGAAAUUUAAGGAGCUAUAUUUCAUAUUUUUAAAGACAAAUCACCUUUUCCAUUUCUUCCCAUGUAAUGUGCCCUACAGAAAAGUCACCCUGCCCUUAAAUCAUUGAAAUCUAAGUAGUCCUGAUUAAGUGUCCUUUUCAUUAUUGAAGUUACAUUUACUAAUUUCAAGAGCAAUGUUGAUAUUUAAUUGCAUUUAUUUUGUUCGCACUAAAAAAAAGUAAUGACAUCCACCAGAAUAACAAUAUUGUAAUAUCUCUGAGAAAAGAUAAAAUACAGAGAAAAGACGAUUUUCAGAGUACCGUCCCUGGACUAUAAUAAACUAAAUUGGGUUACAGCUUUAUGUACAUAAGGUUAUUGCUCGUUCAAUAAAUCCUGAUGGUCCACGUCUUUGUACUGUGCUUUUCAUGAAAAUAAAACCCAAAUCACUGAUGUUGAGAAAAUGUGACUAUAAUGAAUAAGCAAUAAACAAAUACUUUGAAGUAUUUGGCCUCUUUCUUUGUGCUGCUUUUUUGUGCAAGUUUGAUUUUAUGUCUGUGUUUUCUUCACUGCAGUUAUGUACAGUACCUUUAUUUAGAAAUAAGUGGAUAUCAAAAGAGUUGCAACUUAGUAAGUAUUAAUUGUUGACUGCUGCUGUCACAUUCAUUCAAUGAAAAGGAAUACAUUAACUUAAUCGAUAUGAAUAUUGUUUGGCUGGGAGGGGGGCGGUUGUGAAGGGAAGGGUGUAUUAAAAUCAUGCACAAUAUUGUGUGAAAGUAGUGGGAAAAUGGUUAGCUUUUGCAGGCAUUUUCCUGAAGUUCACAUCUAUGCUAUUUUUCUCAUGGUAAAUUGACAAAAUGGGAGCAUUACUAAACAAAAAUUGCUUGUUAUAAAUUACAGUAUAUGUUUAGUAAAUGUCUAUGCAUAUGAUUUGCUUGAAGCUUGCCUGUCUCAACAUUUUAUUUUUAGAGCUUACAUUAUGAUAUAUGAAUAUGAAAACAAUAACAUGAAACAAGUGAUAUUAUAAGUUUGGAGCUGUUAGCUAUACAAACUAUGUUUAUCUUGUUUUUGAAACUUUUAAGUAAAUGUAAAGUGAAUUGUAGUUCAUACAAAAUUAUUCAACUGUAAAAAAAUAUAAACAUACAAUUGUGGCACAGUAUAAGAUAUCUUGUUUACUAGAUCAGGGAGGACAUUACUUAUCUGGAUGUGGAUGGGAUUAUAUACCAAGGUGAUAUUAAUAAUUUCAUUAUGUAAAAUUCCAUUGUGUCUUCCAAAUCAUGUUUGAUAAAUGACAAUACAUGCAAGUCACAAUAAAUUUCAUGA